AUGAAAUACUCACAAUUUGUUUUCCUGGCAUCAAUUUUCUCCACUAUUGAAGACAGCCUAGCUCAGACCUGUGCAGUGGAGUCUUUCUCUGUGAAAGACAAUUUUGAUCCAAAAAGGUAUGCCGGGAAGUGGUAUGCCCUGGCCAAGAAGGAUCCAGAAGGUCUUUUCCUUCAGGACAAUAUCUCUGCUGAAUACACCGUUGAGGAGGAUGGCACAAUGACAGCGUCUUCCAAAGGCCGGGUAAAGCUUUUUGGAUUCUGGGUGAUCUGUGCUGACAUGGCUGCUCAGUACACAGUACCGGACCCAACCACUCCAGCAAAAAUGUACAUGACCUACCAGGGCUUGGCCAGCUACCUGUCCAGUGGUGGGGACAACUACUGGGUGAUUGACACCGAUUAUGAUAACUAUGCCAUUACCUAUGCCUGCCGCAGCCUGAAAGAAGAUGGGUCCUGUGAUGAUGGCUAUUCCUUGAUCUUCUCACGCAACCCUCGUGGACUCCCCCCAGCCAUUCAGCGCAUUGUGCGUCAGAAGCAGGAAGAAAUCUGCAUGUCUGGCCAGUUUCAGCCUGUACUUCAGUCAGGUACUCUGAGUUAA